AAUGAUUUCUCAACAUGUAGCAAGCAUUACGACAAGAAAACAGCUGUAAGCUUGGUCAUACCAGUGCAAAACAAGUUGAGGUCUUGCAUAGCGCUGCUUUCGUUGCUGGAGUUGCUUGUUCUGUACCCGAAAAGGAAAACAAGAUAUCUCUCUACCUAGGCCCGAAGUAGCGGACGAGGAAUCGCGAGAUGGCUCGGGGGCAAAGAAAGGGGAUCGCGCCCCCGGGACCUCCACCGCCUCCUCCUUCCCAACAAGCUCGAGAGCGGACGGCGGCUGUAGCUGCAAACACGGCUGAAUCGCAUGACGGCGGGAUGGACUUUGUUUUUGCUGACGCAAGUAUCAGCACCAAUUCGCAAUCCAGCAUGCCUCCUCCUACUUUCACCACUAUGACAUCAUUGACCGGAGAAGAGGAUCGAGAAGAUGAAGUUCCUCUAGUAAGGAGUCCUUUCACUUCUAUGACAUUGACCGGAGAUGAAGAUGAAGUUCCUCUAGUAAGGAGUCCUGAAGAUUCGAGCGAGAUCCCAUUGAUUGGCACGAUCGAAAGCGCACCAGAGGCGAUCGGGAGGAAAACUUUAGCUUUUUUGCCUUCUUUGCCUGCUCCAGGAGCUAGAGGGCCUACAGGAGUAGUAGCUUCUUUACCUGCUUCAGGAGGAUCUUCUUUUGUUGUGCCAGAGCUAGCGAGGCGGCCGUCGUCCGCAAGAGGCUUUAUCAAGCGACAGACGUCAAGCGGGGAGCAGCUCGAAGAAAUUGAUAUAAGACCAGUGCAGCUGGCAGGCGGGGAGUCUGUGUAUAAUUACGCCUUUUCAACACCAAAUCGCCUUCUCACCACUGGGUCCAUCGACGACGUGGUAGACUCCUCGCUGCCAGGCAGCCAGUCGCUAGAUACCGCAUCCUCAGCUGCACUUUUCGAAAGGCAGCAAGCGGAGGAUUUCGAACGGGACUUGGCCGCAGUGGGUGGGCGAGGAAGGGUCGUCCUUCCACAACAAGGAAAUCUGAUCGGAGCCCGUGGAGAUCUAACCGAAGGUGUAGUUGCCUCGAUGGCCCAUGAUGGUGUCGUGGGGGAUCAUCAGUACUUUUCUGGCAACAUGUUGAGGGAAGUUUCUUGGCAUUAUACCAGCAGCGGAGGUGGAACUUUUAUAAAUUCUGAUACUCUUCUGGAUGAGACAGAGACCGCAGGACUUGUCGAUGAGACCCCAGGAGACGUGUUGUCGCGGAGUACCAGCGGUACUGGAGGGGCGGGAUCGGUCCCAGUCAGCUUUGACCGGGUUGUUCAGGGACGCAUUCCGGGUUUGGAAGGUGCUAAUGUCUUAGGCGGUACAAAUGUUAUCUCAGGAGGGCGGACAACGGUCGCGGCGCUUGGAUUCACGGAUUCCCAAUCUAUCAGAGCACGAAGUAUGACGCACGAUGGGGCCACCGCAGUGAAGCCGACCGCGGCGCAGCGGCUGGGGGUGGAAGAGCAAAUGAGAAGCGAGAAACAAACAAGGGACGCGCUUGCACUUCAAGACGGUGGAAGUGUAGAUACCUCCAUCAGAGCCAAAAGGGAAGAGGGACUGCGGAAUCGUAGUCUGGCAUUUGGGGUCCCUUCGACAAUGAAAAAGACACCCCGACGCCGCCUUGUGCUACGCAGCAUUAGCAAGAAUCGUGGCUUGUUAGGUACUACGUAAAAUUUCGUUCAUGAUGUACACCUGGCAGUGUGCUUAGUACUCAGUGCCAUCAAGCCCUUUCGACCAGGUUUCAACAAAUGCAAAAUGAUGCUGGUGUGUAAUCGUAUGGUUAGGUAUCGUAGCUUAUGCUAUGUAAGUAAGUAGCAACAGCUCUAGUCUGAAGAUGAACUGCUUAUCUUACUCGCGAUCCUCUAGUCCCACUAUGAAGAGCCGUGAGAAGCAUUUCUCGAUGUAAGUAGAAGUCUCCAUGUAUAAUGAAAAAAUCCAAUUACCUUCUUCGCCUAGGUGAAGAUGAGGUCGCCAAAGUAGCUCUCCGGCUGCCGUGAUGGUAGGACUGGGAACGCAUUCCACGCAAAGUCUAAUUCUAAUUCUUUUCCAGUGGUCAAGGCCAUUUUCUUCUGUUUCCUUCUUGACACGAAAAGAAAAUAUCCAACCUAUAUUAAUUUCGUCCAGGUGACCCUUUGAUGCGACCGCUUCCGCUGUCUGGGUCUGGCACGGUGAGUCUCGGAACGGCGGCGCGCGUGACUGGUGUUGAUCCCUUGUCGCACAGCUUUCACCAGAAGCAUAGCCAAGGGCUGCGUGGGAUGCGUGGAAUGCGUUCCCAGUCCGGCGGACCGCACGGAGGGAGCCGUUCGUCUCGACUCGUCGUCGGCCAUCAAGUUAAGGCUUCUCAAAGUCUAAUUCGAAUUCGUUUCCAGUGCUUCUAUCCUCAACAUUUAGUGUCCAUCAUUCUCGGCCCCCUUUCGUUCCCCUGUAUUCUUCUCAUGAAUAUUACAAGGUAAAAGGGGUCAAGAUGAGGGGGCCGAGAUGCAAUCUUGCAGACUCUAGCAGUGGUCAAGGUCAUUUUCUUCUGUUUCCUUCUUGACACGAAGACUAUCCGAUCAUUCACAUCUGCUGGGCUACAGCGUUUGAUUUGAUUUUUGUUGAAUUUGAGCUGAUCUAACCAAGGAUUGGAUUCAAGAGGGGUACUAGCAGGAGACGAGCGGGGAGCUGCAGGGUUUCGCGCAGGUGCUGGUCGAAGCCGGUCUGAUGAUCGCGGUCUUCACCAUCGUGGAGGUCGCCAAAGUAGCUCUCCGGCUGCCGUGAUGGCAGGACUCACGGCGCCUAAGGGAGGUCAGGAAUAUCGUGGCGGACCAGGAGCUGGAGGAGAGAAGAUGCAGACUUUGGACAGGUUGCAUCCCCGUCACCGUCGUAAGCACCUCAAGAAGCAGUCGAGCCUGCUCGAUGUCACCCGCAUAUUCGCGGCGCUGGCGCCAUCAGUACCGGGAAUCAACGAGCGCGUGGACGACCCAUACAACGUCUACUCCGCGAGACAGAAACACGAAGCCCUCUCGGUCAAAGAAAUGACCGAUUUGCUGCAGAAACGAGCCCGCUUCGUCCUUAACCCGGAGGAGUCGUUCCUUGCGAAAGUCACGGAUACGAUGCAAAAGUAUAUUUCUAUUUCUAUAAUUCUAUUUCAAAUCAUGAUCGAUUUAUUUGGUAUCCAAAUAUUUAUUCUGAUUUUGAUCGUCAGAGGACAAUAGUGGCGGUUGAAAGUUCCCUUCUGCAGCAAAUCGGUCAUUUCCGAAAUGACCGAUUUGCUGCAGAAACGAGCCCGCUUCGUCCUUAACCCGGAGGAGUCGUUCCUUGCGAAAGUCACGGAUACGAUGCAAAAGUAUAUUUCUAUUUCUAUAAUUCUAUUUCAAAUCAUGAUCGAUUUAUUUGGUAUCCAAAUAUUUAUUCUGAUUUUGAUCGUCAGAGGACAAUAGUGGCGGUUGAAAGUUCCCUUCUGCAGCAAAUCGGUCAUUUCCGAAAUGACCGAUUUGCUGCAGAAACGAGCCCGCUUCGUCCUUAACCCGGAGGAGUCGUUCCUUGCGAAAGUCACGGAUACGAUGCAAAAGUAUAUUUCUAUUUCUAUAAUUCUAUUUCAAAUCAUGAUCGAUUUAUUUGGUAUCCAAAUAUUUAUUCUGAUUUUGAUCGUCAGAGGACAAUAGUGGCGGUUGAAAGUUCCCUUCUGCAGCAAAUCGGUCAUUUCCGAAAUGACCGAUUUGCUGCAGAAACGAGCCCGCUUCGUCCUUAACCCGGAGGAGUCGUUCCUUGCGAAAGUCACGGAUACGAUGCAAAAGUAUAUUUCUAUUUCUAUAAUUCUAUUUCAAAUCAUGAUCGAUUUAUUUGGUAUCCAAAUAUUUAUUCUGAUUUUGAUCGUCAGAGGACAAUAGUGGCGGUUGAAAGUUCCCUUCUGCAGCAAAUCGGUCAUUUCCGAAAUGACCGAUUUGCUGCAGAAACGAGCCCGCUUCGUCCUUAACCCGGAGGAGUCGUUCCUUGCGAAAGUCACGGAUACGAUGCAAAAGUAUAUUUCUAUUUCUAUAAUUCUAUUUCAAAUCAUGAUCGAUUUAUUUGGUAUCCAAAUAUUUAUUCUGAUUUUGAUCGUCAGAGGACAAUAGUGGCGGUUGAAAGUUCCCUUCUGCAGCAAAUCGGUCAUUUCCGAAAUGACCGAUUUGCUGCAGAAACGAGCCCGCUUCGUCCUUAACCCGGAGGAGUCGUUCCUUGCGAAAGUCACGGAUACGAUGCAAAAGUAUAUUUCUAUUUCUAUAAUUCUAUUUCAAAUCAUGAUCGAUUUAUUUGGUAUCCAAAUAUUUAUUCUGAUUUUGAUCGUCAGAGGACAAUAGUGGCGGUUGAAAGUUCCCUUCUGCAGCAAAUCGGUCAUUUCCGAAAUGACCGAUUUGCUGCAGAAACGAGCCCGCUUCGUCCUUAACCCGGAGGAGUCGUUCCUUGCGAAAGUCACGGAUACGAUGCAAAAGUAUAUUUCUAUUUCUAUAAUUCUAUUUCAAAUCAUGAUCGAUUUAUUUGGUAUCCAAAUAUUUAUUCUGAUUUUGAUCGUCAGAGGACAAUAGUGGCGGUUGAAAGUUCCCUUCUGCAGCAAAUCGGUCAUUUCCGAAAUGACCGAUUUGCUGCAGAAACGAGCCCGCUUCGUCCUUAACCCGGAGGAGUCGUUCCUUGCGAAAGUCACGGAUACGAUGCAAAAGCAUACUUAUAUUUCUAUUUCAUCAUCGAUUUAUCGUCCAAAUAUUCUGAUUCUCGUCAAACAAUAGUGGCGGUCAGAGGACACGAUUUUUUCAGGUGGGAAAAAAUACAGCGAAGACAUGAUUUGUAUUAAAUUCAGCGAAGAUCAUUCCUCGACGUCUGCAAUUGCUAUCUACUUCUCUAUCUACUUCUCUUAGUUUUCAGGUUCGCUAUGAUCUACGUGACGUUCGUGACGCCAUACGAGGUCGUGUACCUGCAUGUGAAUAUCGGAGACCCACUGUUUUGGCUAGAUCGGACUGCGGACCUAUGCUUUUUCGGACAUAUGGUGUUGCAGUUUUUCCUUACCUACAAAGUGAAGAACGCAACUGGAGAGGUGUGGGUGACCAACGUCCAGGAGAUCACGAAGAACUAUUUGAGGGGCUGGUUUAUGAUUGAUUUCUUCGCGAUUUUCCCCUGGUGGGUCUUUCAACAAGCUUGCGAUACGUCCGUCAGUUACCAGUGCGUGGAAGCGGAGGUCUCGCUCUUCCGGAAUGUGCGGCUGUUGCGCCUUUUCCGGCUGUUGCGCUUAGCCCGGGUCGGCGAUAUGAUUUCGGAAGUGUCCAAGUCCCAUUUAGCGGAAUUCUCGCAAGCGAGUUCGUCACUUCUGAAGUUUUUGUGCAUGCUGCUAGUCGGCUCCCACUUUGCCGCGUGCAUGUGGGGUUUUGUCGGGCUCACACGUAUGGACAUCUUCGGCAUUCCUCACUACUACCGCAACCCAAAUCUGAUCAAAGACCCCAUCUCCUGGCCAGCGGCGGGCUUCGAAAAUGCCUCAGUUAUACCAGCAGGCCUCUACGGGACACGGAGGCGACGUCUAGGCUCUACGGCGGGAGCAUCUUCAGCACCGCAUGAAGAGCAAAAGAGCCCAGAAAGCACGAGCAGAGCCCACGUACUAGCAGCAGAGACCUCCACUAUUUCAUCUGAGGAGCAGGAGCCAAACGGGAGAUCCUCCUCAGCAUGGGAAACCGAGCAAAAGGACCAGAGAAUCUCCGCAUGGGAGCGCCUUCAGCCGCCCCCUUUAGCUGUAGAAGAGCUGGAUUCAUUUUUUAGUGAUGUACAUUUCCAGAGUGACGAAGGGCAUCUACGAAGAUUCCUUGAGUCGAGGCAGAGCGAACAUCUUUUUCGGAAUCUUGGACGCGUUCUCUUCGAAAAGGGCGAAGGCGAUAAUUACGGGUACCGGCAACCCAUCUUUUACAGCAUCUUUUCGCCGUUUGCUACUUGAAAAGGGCUAAAAGAUGUUCAAAGGGAUGGGCUGCCGGUACCUCUAAGAUAACAAUGUGAAACAAGGAAGUCAUGACCUAGCUGUCGAUGGUCUAACCGGUAAUGAG